AUUUACACUUUACUUUGCUUCUAACCAGGAGGAUUUUCCAAACAGGCUUUUAAUUAGCAGCCACAUCCAGCUCUUAUUGCCUAAGCACUCUGGGGCUGGCUUCGGCACUUGGCUCUGCUGUGGAGCACGCCUGUGAAGCUUGCCGAAUUGUACACUGAAGACCCACCCCUUUGGUGGUGAAGUGACAAGUGCCAGAACUCAGGCCUGACUUUUCUGAAAUCAUCAGCAUACUACCCAAUCUAAAAUAAUGGAUGUCAAGGACCGGCGACAUCGCUCUUUGACCAGGGGACGAUGUGGCAAAGAGUGUCGCUACACCAGUUCCUCCCUGGACAGCGAGGACUGCCGCGUACCCACGCAGAAGUCCUACAGUUCCAGUGAGACUCUGAAGGCCUAUGACCAUGACAGCAGGAUGCACUAUGGAAAUCGAGUCACAGACCUUGUUCACCGGGAGUCAGAUGAGUUUCCUAGACAAGCUGCCAUGGAGCUUAAAAAAGACAUAAUUGUACAAGAUGAAUUAGAGCAGAAUCAGUCUUCCGUCAAUGAGCAAAGAACCAACUUCACCCUUGCGGAACUGGGCAUCUGUGAGCCCUCGCCACACCGCAGCGGCUACUGCUCGGACAUGGGCAUCCUGCACCAGGGCUAUUCGCUGAGCACUGGCUCGGACGCAGACUCAGACACGGAGGGCGGCAUGUCUCCAGAGCACGCAAUCAGACUGUGGGGACGAGGGAUAAAAUCCAGGCGCAGCUCCGGCCUAUCCAGUCGGGAGAACUCGGCCCUGACUCUGACAGAUUCUGACAACGAAAACAAGUCGGACGACGAGAAUGGCGGCAGCGCCUCAUAUCCGUAUUGAAGAUCAAACUUGGAGCAGAUGCUCUGCAGUUUAAUAAUGACAAAUAGAAAGAGACUUGUCUUCCAAAAAAAAAAAAAAAAAUCCUGCGUUUCCUUUCCCCCUCAGUCUCUGUGUAGGUUAAUGGCU